AUGAAGGGCAAUUCGAAGCUGAAGAAGGCGCUGCUGGAGGCAACCAGGCGGCGGCUUUCGUCGUCUUCUAAAGAGGCGUCAUUAUCAACUUCAUCAUCAGCCGCCGGUGACUCUUCGGUGGACCACCUGCCGGUGCCGCUGCUGAUUCUAGGAACGAAGUACGACGAGUUCCAGAACCUCGAUCCGGAGGUGAAGAAGCAAAUUGUGCGGUAUCUGCGCGCCGUGGCCGUCCACCACGGUGGCUCUCUUAUCUUCACGUCGACCAAGUCGGAGACGCUGAUGAAACGCGUCUACGGCGCCCUGGACGGCCUGGCCUUUGAUCGGAUGAUGGGCGGGGGAUCUUCGGCUGAGGAAGGUUCUUCAGGUGUUGGCGGUGGCGGUGGUGGCAAGCCGACCAUCAGCACCAAUCCCUCCAAGCCGGUCAUUCUGCCCUUCGGCUACAACAGCUUCAGCCGAAUCGGCGUUCCCAGCGGCCUGGCCGAAGUGGAGGCCGACUUCCGGGCGCUCUUUCCGCAGGUCAGCCUGGAGCAGCAGUACGUGAGCAGCUUUGGCGGCGACGAUCCACGGACGGACAGCAAUUUCAGCGAGCCGGAGAUUGACAAGAUGCUCGAGUACAAGUACAUGCUCAUCGGUGGAACUGGUGGUGGUGAUGCUUUGAAGUAG